CUUAAACAGGGAGGGAACAUUCAAGAAGAUUAUUUAAUCUUACUGAGUGCUGCAUAAUUUUUUUAAUCAAAAAGGAAACUCAGCAAACCUCCUUUCUCGAUGUUUCUAUCAAAAAACAUAUAAAAGAGCAACACCUUCUGUUCAAAGUAUCUCAAGUCUACUGUAGUAAUCAAUAAUAUCAAAUGGCUCUUACAAACAGGUUCUUCGCCGACGCUUUCAAGGAUAUGCACCGCGCUUUCUCCCUUCUGGAUGAUCCAAGCUUCUUUAACGACGCCCGACGUUCGCUUGGGCACGUUAAUAAUAACUUGGGUUCUUUGACACGACACCCUGCAACUGAUAUCAGCGAAACUGUUGACGCUUAUGAAAUGCAUGUUGAACUGCCUGGCUAUGACAAGAAGAAUAUUCACAUUGAAGUUACUGAUGACCAUACCUUGCACUUGAGCGGCUCCGUUCAGCAUUACCGUAAAGUAUCUUCUGAAGGACAAAAGCAAGACGAGAAGUCUACCGAAGUUUCAAAAGAUACCAAGUCUCCUAAAUGGUGGGUCAAUGAAAGAGCCUCUGGAAGUUUCCAGAGAUCUUUCAAAUUCCCUGCUCCUAUUAAUGCUUCAGACAUUAAAGCUUCUUAUGAAAACGGCGUCUUGAAGAUUCGCGUACCAAAGGUUCCUAAUGAAGGAAGAAAGCGUAUUGACAUCAACUAAACAGUUUUAUACCUCAAAUACCUGCUUUGCAUUCAUAUCUCAUUUGCAUUUUUUUUUUAAAAAUAAAAGCUCUUAACUUUUAUAAUGUUGGCC